UGAAAAUUCGCAAAAGAUCUGUAUUAAAUCAUCAAUAAAAAUAGCGAAACUAACGGUGCAAUGAGUCCAGCUGUUUGAAAUCCGCAACAUAAAAGCAAAAAACUCAAAACUAUAAAACAACACGCACCAAAUCACACGGAAACAACAACAACAAUAGGCAUUGCUCAUAAUUAAUAUGUACGAGAAAACAUUAAACAUAGGAACUGCGAAAGUUAAUAAUGCAUAUGAAUGGCAAAAAGUGAGAUACAACAACAAACCCCAACCGACAACAACAACAGCAGCUGCAGUUAAACCUAAACCACAACAACAACAAGCUCAAAAGCAGAAAAAUGCAACAAAAGCCGCGCCAGCAACAACUACAGCUGCAACAACAACAGCAACAGUGCCACCGUUAGCCGGCAACAGCGUUACCGUUAAGCAAGGCCCCAAAAUCAAAUUCGUUGGCAACGCGGCGCGCCGCCAAUCGUUGGCUCAUCAAAUCAAGCGAGCACAUCGGCAUUUACUGACCAGCGGCGGUCAGGAUAAGCAGCCGCAGCAAAAGCAAAAAACACAAGUGCAGCCGCAGUCGGGCAAAACAGUUGCCAAACCGAAACAGAGGCAGCAGAAACAAUUGUUCAAAAGUGAUAAGGCGAAGGAGAAGUUCAGCAGGCAGCAGAGAAAGCGAGGCGGCACCAGGAGCACUCGCAAUCCGAGGACGCAAUCGGAAUCUUCGGGCCUGUCAUCCCGCUGGAUUUCCAUCGAAGAGCAGUUGAACCUGCUGGACGACCUGCUCUACUACUGCGAUGAGGAGGCCGAACUGUAUCUAGCCCAGCUGUACGAAAGGUUCGAGACACUCCGGCGUAGCAGGAGUUCCUCGCCAGUGAGCGAUUUCUGGAGCGAUUCCGACAUGGAGCACGAUGACUCCAGCACCAGUGGCACUGGCCGCCAUACAGCCAGCAAUACCAGUCUAGUUCCCGCCUCGCUGAAGCGUCGUGGCCACCAGCAUCAUCCGCGAUUCUCGGGCACUCGCCGUCCCAAUGUGCCCAAUGUCCAGGAGAUUCUGGCCGCACUUUAUCGCGGCGACUCCAAGAGCGCGCUCUCCAAUCUCAGGGGCGAGACGCAGCCGGAGGAGGAGCAACCACAGCAGCAGCCGGAGGAGAUGCUGCCACCCAGCAGAAGCACUUUAAGCCUGCCCCUCAGUGAAUCGGUGACCAAUUCCCUGGGCAGCAACAGUCCCACGCCCACAGACGAAAGCAGCGUGCAGGAUGAGGGGGCCAGUAAUCCGGCAGCAGCUUCAAUAGCUGAGGAUGCAGCCCCACCAGCAGCCACAACCACCUCCAAGAGCAAGAAAAAGAAGCGGGAGAAGGGUGAAAGGUCGGAGAAGUCGGAAAAAUCUGAGAAAUCCGACCGGAAGAAGAAAUCCUCGAGCAAGAAGGAACGCAGCAAACGCUCCAAUCCCAUGGAGCUAAGCAGCGACAGCCUGGCCACCGAUCUCAGUGCCGGGACCAUCGAUGAGGGCAUCGCGCUGGCCGACGACGAUGACAACCAAGCGGCGGAGUGGUCCAAGUUGCGAUGCACCAGCGAGGCGGCCGAGAUUGUGGCGGAGCGGGAGGCUCGCCGGAACAAGGGACGGUGUGCGGAUUAUCCGGGACUCGCCUUUGGCAGAUCCAUCUUCAGUUCGGACACCAUGAUGAAGUUCAACAUCAUCCGCAACGAGCUGCACAACAUAAUGAACACACAACUCAAACGGGCCGAAUCCGAGGUUGCCGCUCUGAACCGUCGCAUCCAGUUGCUCGAAGAAGACUUGGAGCGCUCUGAGGAGCGUCUGGGCUCCGCCACAGCCAAGCUGUCGGAAGCCUCUCAGGCCGCCGAUGAGAGCGAACGGAUACGAAAAGCGCUUGAGAAUCGCACAAAUAUGGAAGAUGACAAAGUAGCUCUCUUGGAGAACCAGUUAGCGCAAGCAAAAUUAAUUGCAGAAGAAGCUGAUAAGAAAUACGAAGAGGUGGCCAGAAAACUCGUGCUCAUGGAACAGGAUCUGGAGCGUUCCGAGGAGAAGGUCGAGCUCAGCGAAAGCAAAAUUGUGGAGCUUGAGGAGGAGCUGCGCGUGGUUGGCAACAACCUGAAGUCCCUGGAAGUCUCUGAGGAGAAGGCCACACAAAAAGAGGAGACCUUUGAGACGCAAAUCAAAGUAUUGGAUCAUUCUCUGAAAGAGGCUGAGGCUCGUGCUGAGUUCGCUGAACGCUCCGUUCAGAAGUUGCAGAAGGAAGUCGACAGGCUCGAAGAUGACCUGCUCAACGUGCGGGGCAAGAACAAGCUGCUGCAGGAGGAAAUGGAGGCCACCUUACAUGACAUACAGAACAUGUAAACAACUAAUUUGCUUAUGUAAAUUAACUAAACUGCCUGCUUUGACGUCAAACAAAAAACACCCACGCACACGCAAAACUGGCGCUUUCCAUAUCUAAAUACUAGCGAACAUAUCUCGACUCCACUCCACACAACACCACCCAAGACACGCCACGCCCACCACCACCCAUACGAGACAAGAUCCAAGGACGCCGACAGAAGUGUCUUCCAUGCGGAUGCGAAAGCCAUCUUCGAACGCCAAGCAACGGGAGAGUUAAUCAAAAAUAGCGUUAAACACACUCUAAACAUAAACAUAAACUCAAUGGAGAACAGAUGAAAGGGCAGAAACUAAAGCAAAACAUUCUCGUAGCACAAGCGCAUUCCAAUUCACGAUUCGAUUCCAUUUCGAUAUUUUCGAUUGCGUCGAUAUUUUCGAUACCAUUUCGCAAAAAUUCGAACGGUUGACUGGCAGCUAGCGCCAUUUUACUAUACUGUUGCAAUACUAUUUCGUUGAAUCUAAAUUUAAUAAUUAUUCAAUUGAUUUUACUCCUGCUUUUGCUACCACUACCUUGUUUUGUUUUAUUUUAAACCUUAAAUUAUACUUGACCUUGUUCUUUUGUAUUUGACGAGAUGACAACUUGGACAACACACGCAUUGCCGCCUUCUUUUUAGUUUACGUGUAUUAAAUAGAGAGACAAUCAAUCGCUGUUAUUUAUAUUUAAAGAGUAAAUUCUAUGCUAAAACUUUGUAUUUUGUCGCCAGCUUAACUGUAUUAAUAAUAUGCUAAUGUUUACCUUGUUUAUACAUAUUUAAACAAAUUGUCGUGUUUGCAAAACGUUGUGUAAUAUUUGCCUACUUUUAAGUUGCCGCCACGCCUACCAACACAAACUAUAGCCACUCUUUCGAUAUAGUUUUCGAUUCCACAACAAAAAAGACAAUUUUAGCUAGCGCACAUCAUUCCAAUUGCGAAUCGUCCACCGGUUCAGAUAACUUUUAUUUAAAAAAGAAAAA